UAUUCCUCUCUGUCUGAAAUCCUCAAGGAUGAUGCUAAUUCUGCAGGGGUUUUUAAAAUUAUUAUUACUGCCGUCGUCACACACUCGCUCCUCACCCCGUCGGAUGUGUUUCAUACAGCAAGAAUUCGCAUCACUGGUAAUAAGAGCAAUCCUCUCAAAUCAAACUGCACCUGUCAACAUCUUGUCCUUCACCUGUUUCGGAUUUUCACGGUCACCGUCCAACAGAUAUUCGGAAUUCAGUGGAUAAAAAGGAUUAUGAAGGUGUCACGGUUCUAAGAUGAAUUCUUGGAAUUUGCACGGCAUUCUAUAUCUCCACUGUUCUUAGCAAAGCACAACCCAGAGUAACCAUGACAACAGCAGCUUCCUUUGAAUCUUUACAAUAUCUUCAGUGUGGAGAGUAAUGCAUUCAAAGGCUGCUGACAGGACCAUGGCAAAGGUUUAAGUAUGACAUUUCAUCCUUGAAUGGAUGAUACCUGGUAACAGCUGCCAUGUUUGCAUGUAAUGGCAGCUUAUUAGAUGGGUGUGGCCUUCUUGAACCAAUGGAAACUGAGAUACAAGAGGCUGAGACUGCCCUUAUGCCCACUACUCUCAGGGUGGCACUGGCUGCCAUCAUGAUCUUUAUGAUCACCAUUGGUUUUCUUGGCAAUGCCAUAGUGUGUCUGAUUGUGUAUCAGAAACCAGCAAUGCGUUCCGCAAUUAAUCUACUCCUGGCCACGUUAGCCUUCUCUGACAUCAUGCUAUCGCUGUUGUGCAUGCCUUUUACUGCCGUCACUCUGGCGACAACGGACUGGAGCUUCGGAGUUGGAUUCUGCCGUGUGUCAGUCAUGCUUUACUGGCUGUUUGUUUUGGAGGGUGUGUCUAUCCUUCUUAUCAUCAGCGUUGAUCGCUUCCUCAUCAUAGUUCAACGCCAAGACAAGCUGACACCCCAUCGGGCAAAAAUUCUCAUUGCGGCGUCAUGGGCUCUGUCAAUAUGCGUAUCCCUACCAUCUGUGGUGGGCUGGAGGACGGCUGGGAUUGGGGCACAAGUACCACAAUGCAUUCUCGGAUAUAGCGAAUCGCGGGCGGACCGGGGUUACACAGUGCUUCUGGCGGUGGCUGUGUUUUUUGUGCCAUUCAGUGUGAUGUUGUACUCAUACCUGUGUAUUCUAAACACAGUCCGUAGAAAUGCAUUGCGCAUCCACAAUCAUACCAGUGAAGGCAGUGUUGCGAUCAACCAUGUCAGCAAAUUGGGUUUAACUGGUCUGCAGCGUCCACAAGUCAACGUGGACAUGAGUUUCAAAACCAGGGCUUUCACCACCAUCCUCAUUCUUUUCAUUGGAUUCUCUGUGUGCUGGUUGCCACAUACAGUGGUGAGUCUGUUGGCAGUGUUUAAUAGGCAGUUCUACCUCAGCCCAGCUUUUUACCCGAUCAGCAUCGGGGCACUCUGGCUGAGUUACCUAAAAGCAGUCUUCAACCCGGUGAUAUACUGCUGGAGAAUCCGAAAGUUUCGUGAGGCCUGCCUGGAGUUUAUGCCAAAAACCUGUCAGAUCUGUCCCAAGAUUCCUGGAAGAAGUCGCAGGCGUAUAAGACCCAGCAAAAUUUAUGUGUGCAGCAGUGAGACCCAGUCUUCAGUCUAGGAUUGAACCAAAGGACAUUUAAAGGAACAGUUAACCUAAAAAUUAGAAUUCUCUCAUAAUUUACGCACCCUCAUGCUGUCUCAAACUCGUAAGACAGUGUUUCUUCUUUUUUUUUCUUCUAUUGAAUGUUUAUAUCCAAUCAGUGCAAGUUAAUGGGGUCCAAAACUAAAGCUCCAAAAAGGACAUAAAGACAGUAUAAAGGUUAUCAAUGCGACUCGAGUGGUUUCAUCCAUGUCUUCUGACACAAGCGAUUGGUUGUGUCAAAUGCAAGGAAGUGUAAUUUGGAUUCUCUCAUGAAUGCAUACCAAGGAGACUGCAGAUGUCAAGAUUUAUAGUGAAAAAGAAGUUACAUUUUGAUCUGUUUCUUACCCAAAACCAUUUGUAUCGCUUCAGUGAAAUCACUCGAGUCAUAUGGAUUACCUUUAUUCUGCCUUUAUGUCCUUUAAGGACUUCCUUCAAAAUAUCUUUGUAUAUGUAGCGCACAAGAAAGUCAUACAAGUUUGAGACACCAUAAGGGUGAGUAAAUGAUGAGAAUUGUCAUAAAUGAUGAAUUAUCAUUUUUGGAUGAACUAUUCCUUCAAAAUGACCAAGCCAAGGAUGGCUUGUUUGUUUGUGUAUUUAAAUAUGUUUAGAUAUGACACACUUAUGCCAGUCAUGGUAUUUAUUGGCACAGCUUGGUUUCAAAGGAUUGUGCUUGAAAUCCUAUGAAGAUGAGGACACAAUGAAUGGAAUACUUACAAAUCCAAAUGUCAUUGUCUGCAGUAAUGAGGGAAUCAGCAUCAGCCAUCUGAAGUUCAUCAAAGCAAUAUACAGUACAUUCAUAUUCCUGAAAUGGGUAAUUUGUUUAUUUUCUGUAAGAUUCUACAUGUUCUGCAAAUUUGUAAAACAAGGAAACUGAAAAAUAAAGCAAAUAAACUGUUGAUUUCUGGAAAAGAGUUUUAAUGUAACUAAUGAAAGAAAACAUUGAAUGUCUGGUAGAAUUUAGUCUUUUUAAUGGUCGAAUAGUUCAUUUACAUUUUAUGCAUUUGGCAGACGCUUUAAUCUGAAGUGACCUACAAUGCUUCAGGCUAUACAUUUUAUCAAUAUGUGCAUUCCCUGGGGGGAAAAAAACCUACCUUUGUGUUGACAUGCUCUGACAGUUGAGCUACAGGAACAUUACUUGAUGACUGAAUUGCUUCAUCAGCUACUUAUCAAUUAGCGAAGCAGCGACACCCAGGCCAUUUAUGAUGACAAGAAUGAAUGAAAACGUGCAACGGUAAUGAAUGGAUUAAUGAAAAGAUUUUCUUAAAAGUAGCCUUUUGCAGUCAUCACAGAAGUAAAGGUAGAAUGUUAUUGCCUAUGGCAGCUAUAUCAGAUGUGACUUAAAUAAGCCAUUCUAUAUCAAUUUCUAACAUAU